ACUGGCAGGCUGGCCGUGUUGUUUACGGAACGGGAAUGUGUCGGGCAUGGGAACGAAGUGAAACACUCUUACUCUCACUCUUAUUCUACAACACAGCAGGAAGGAGUGAAAUAAUUGCAACCAAACGAAAUAUUUUGGAAAUGGUAACGCGGACGAUGUACUUCCCGCGGACUACACGAAGAGAAUCUCUUUCCUCGGAGAUGCUCAAGCGUGGAACACGGUUUCUGUGGUUUAGGGCAAGAGGGAGGCGGUUUAUCAAGUUAUUUUCCAACUUCCCACAGAACGGCGGGGAUGAUGCCGGUAACGAAUGACAAGGCAUACAUACCACCACUACAGUGGCACUUUCCAUAAUGCACCAGACUGCAAUUACGACCCGGUGUGGACGAAUCUGACCGCAAUCACGUCCAGAGCUUUUUAGUAGAAAAAGUCCUAGUUGUGAGUAUACUCUGACGCUUAUCAAGUGACAAAUGAACAGGGAGCUAAUAUCAGCUGGUUCAGCACAAGCUUAUAAAUACCAAUAAUAAUAAUAAUAAUAAUAAUAAUAAUAUUACGGUGCUUUAGUCCGUCUGGGAGUCUGUCCUCCAUCUGACGUCACUCUCCUUUUCGCGCCUGUCGGUCGUCCAUAACAGAAGGAAAGUGUUGACAAGUUGGGCAGAAAGGGAGAAAGGGGGGUCCACUUCACAAGAGAGAGGGGGUUACAACGAGCAGGCAGGGGUGUGGGGAGAUUGAAUCGAUGUGGCGCUGCUGCGUUUGUGGUAUUUUUUUGUCGUUAGUAUGUGGAGCGAACUGCGGAGCGUAGGUGAAGAAAGAGAGUAAGAGGGAGGAAGUUCGUGUGAGAGUGGAUUGUUGGUGUUUGCCGCGUUUGCUUCUCCUCGUCGUUUGAUCGCCAUAGCCGUUAGCUUGGGCUCAUCGAGGUGAAGCUCUCUCGUGGGCGGAGUUUCAACCAUCGUCGUGUCUCUCUCGCAGUGGGCAUCGUCAUCAGAACAGACGGAGGCUUCUUCUUUUUCUUCUUCAGCCCAGCGCAGGGGAUGGCUGGAACUGACUCAACGGCAUCAUGUGCUGAGAGGUGUCUACAGAGGCAGACACUCACGCUGGCACGUGAAGGAGGUCAGGAGGGGACUUGUAACAUUUUCCAGCCCGAUCAGCUUCGGCGCGCUGCGAAGAGAGGAAGCGAAUAGUGCCCGCCUGGAUAGCGGCAGUCCCUCAAUUAUUGAAUAACGCCGCCUGGGACUCGCGUACUAAGAGACUCACAAUGGCAAAAAGGGGGGAUGUCCUGCCUUCUGCAGUCUUGCUAUCAGCAGCAGCAGCAGCAGCAGGAGGAGGAGGCGCGGAGCGGGGGCGGCGCUCGCGUCUUCUCUGCGCGGCGACGGCGGACCAGUUUACGCGCGCGCACUCGGUUUGGUUUGCCGCGCCCGGGGGCGUCGUUAACCAGCGCCUGCGUGUCUCAUAUCAUGCCCCACUCCAUUGUCAGCUGUUCUUCCUGCCUUCGUUGCGCUUCCCGCGCAAACGACAGCCUUUGUUGCUGUUAAAGGAUUGGGGUUGGGAUGGUUCCAGAGGGGGGGAGAAGGGGGGGGUGGGCAGGCUUGCUGCGAUCUCUCCUAGCGGAGAGAACCGCGCUUCGGGCGGCGGUGGAUCCGCGGAAUCAGGAGCAAAGAGUGUUGGGAGAAGAGGCGGGGGUACAGGUGGCGGCAAAGGAGAUGAAGCAGAGCAUUGCUCGACGAGAGAUGGGGAUGGGAGAAAAGAAGGACAAGGAGGAGGAGGAGGAGGAUGGGCCGACGGAGGAGCAGACCUCCAAGGAGGAGGAGGAGGAGGAGGAGGAGGACUACAUGGACUCCGAAGUCAGGGGUUCACACUUGCUGCUGCUUGGUCAGCCGUCGUUGAUGCAGACCGUGCGGAUGUGCGCCACGUUGCAAACGAGGCUGAGCGGACGGAGACCAGACAGGCGUCGCGGAUCUAUCAUACAUCGUCGUCUCCGAGUGAAAAACAGAAAGAGCGGGAGGGAGGAGAUGAGUCGAUGCGCGCCGUCCUCUCUACCACCGUCGAUCCGACGAUCGUCACGUGGAGCGAUCGGCAACUUAACGUCACAGCCAAGUCAUCGUCGGCUGAGCUAGGGCGAUUGGCGGAAUUAGCCGCACAAUCAUCACAUGCAGCAGGAGCAGGAGCAGGAGCAGCUGGAGGUGGCGGAGGAGGAGGAGGAGGAGGAGGAGGAGGAGGAGGAGUAGGGGAGGGAGAGGCCAUUCUCCAUGGUCAAUUCUCGACCGGACGUCCGUCCACCGCAGAUCUCUCUGGCACAGAAUCUCCUUCCUCCUCGUUCAAGUGUCGAUCGCGUCAAUCGCGAUCCCGACGCGACGUGUGGAGGCCGCCAGCUCAGCGGCAGCAACAGCGGCGGCGCCGCGAUACCGGCGAGUCUCGCGGGAGCAGCUCAAGUCUUCGUUACCCGACAGCUCAGCAGACGCAGGACCUGGACCGGCGGAGUUUCGUCGGAGGAGGGAUAGUUAUUCACACGUUGGGCGAUUCACACGCUUCGAAUCUUCGCCUGCAAGCAACUCCUUCUCUUCCACCUCCACCUCUUCAUCCUCCUCCUCCUCCUUUUGGUCCUCGUCCUCUUCCUGGGAGUAUACGCAAGAUGGGCACCAUCGAACGGCCAUUAGCAGCCAUUGCAUCGCCACCUAGGACACGGGGAAUCUUUGGGAGAAAGGGUGAUGCUGCCAGCCGCGCGCUGUCCCGAGCGUCAGCGAAUGGAGGAGAAUCAUUGUCUCCCGAUGGUGGUCCCCACCUUACCCCAUCUCCGGAUUUAGUGAGUCGCGAUGGACCUGUGGACCGGGAUCGGGAGAUUGCCGACGUCGAGGGGAAACCACAGACGUCUUCUUCUUCCUCCUCCUCCUCUUCCUCGUCGUCGCCCUCGUUGUUGUCCUCCCCCUCCAUCUCUUCUUUUACUGCCUUCUCGUUUCCCUCCUCCUCCUCCUCUCCCAAUUUCUCUUCCUCUUCGCCGUUAUCUUCGGAGAUUGCCAGAGAGAAGGACGCCGACUUGGCGCGCAGAGGCGGAGCGAAGUGGGACCUGGACAUGGCCGAAGGAGGUUAUGAUGAAGAACAGGAUGUCCACGUGGAGGAGGAGCCUAUUAGAGUGAUCGUAGGGGGUGCAGGAGAUAAGAGAGAGAAGUCUGCGGAAGGAGAAGUGGAAGAGGAGACAAGUAUGCUUCCAGAUUUUUAUGGGAUUGGCAACAACUCAUUCGUAGGUGACGGCGGCGAGGCAGAGUUUUUGAAAUCUCUCAGCGCUUGGAAUCAAGAGGCUGUGGUGUGGGAGAAAGGAGGCGUGGAAUUAGGAGCGGUAGGAGGCAUGGGAGUAGGGGUUGGGGGAGGUGGAGGAGAAGCUGUGGCGCAUGAUGAUUGCCGGAUCGCAGGUAAUCACGUUAAGGACGGAAGAAAUGGUAGAUCCACGUGGCGAGAUGAUGACUGGGAAGGCCGUGCUGCUGCGUCCGUUGCAGAUCCACGUGGCGAUUAUGGAGAAGGCUACGAGGAGUAUGAGACAGACGAGAGCUCUUGGAGGGAAGGGGGAGCGGUGCGCGACGACGAGGAGGAGGAGGAGAAAGAGGAGGAGGAUAUGUCUGUACCCUUCGGUGGCUCUUACGAACAUCAAGAAGAUAACGGCAUCUGUCAAGGGCAAACGGAGGAGCAGGUCGACGAUCAGAGGAGAUCUCUCAAGAUGGAGGAGAAGUUGGCAUCAUCGUCGGCUACGAACGAUCAAGAAGACAGCUGGCAACUUGAAGGUCUCGGGUAUGGCGAUAAUAGAAAUGGAGGUGUAAAGACCAGGAGAUGGGAGGUGGAGGAGGAGGGGGUAAUUAGUGGAAAGGGAGAAGGGAUAGACGAGGAUAGAGCUCGAUAUAUGCCGCAGAUAAAUGGGACUCGAUCGGCUGGAGUCUGGGAUGGAAGGGAAGAAAGGGAGGAGGAGGAAGAAGAGGGAGGUGAUGAAGACAACAAAAAUCAAGCUUUCGGAUAUGGCGGAAUGCUGGGAGCCGAAGGACGACGAGAGGAUCUGUUUGUCGGAAGGAACAAGACAUGGAUGGAUUCUUAUAUCGAUCGUAGAGUACAGGAAGAUGACCACAAGGAAGGAAAGGAAGAAGCGGAGGAGGAGGAGGAGGAGGAGGAGGAGGAGGAGGAGGGGACUCAGAUGUCUUCUGUCGAUAUUCCCGAGGAAGAGGCUCGGAGUGCCGAGUACAAGGGAAUGCAGGAGUGGGAAGAGGGAUGGGAGAAAUGGAGACAGGAAAGGAGGAUCCUAACACGACCUCUGGUUGGGAGCGAUCAACUCUAUCAGCUGUCGCCACGUGUCAAUCUUCAUCGACGAUUACCCAAUCAGAAAGAAGGCGGGAGUUGGAAAGGCAAUCAAUCACUUGCGGCAAGCGAUCCAAGGGGCGAAAUGACAGGGGGAAGUUGGAUUGGAGGGUCGGCUGAUGAAAUCGGAGGGGCCUUUGGGACAAGGGGGAAUGAGGAGAAACAGCGCUUCUCUACUCCUCAUCAGGAUCUUCAUAGCUACAGUAGAACGGCUGACGAGCCUCGUUGGUGGGAUAGCCAAGGAACGCCACGUCGACAGUCUCGAAUUGCCGCCAGAUGCAGGGAAAGUUCAGAGGAGGUGACAUCGAACAGCUCCGUAUCCCAAGAUUUCAUGGAGAAAGUUCAGCCUUUCUCGGAGGAUCUGCUGGAUUUCAUGAAGAGUCGGGGCGGUGUCAGCGAUCGCAUCCCGAUCCCGAGGGAGGUUGACAGAGCAGGAAGGACGCCAUCACCAUCUCGAGUAGCCGGACGAAAGAACCAACGAAAGCAAUCUGGGCGGCAGGAAUCGAGAGUGGAAGACUCGGAUGACUUCGAGACUAGCAGCUCGUGUUCGACAAAUACAUCCUCUGAUAUUGGGGGCGCCGCUGUGGAGGAGGUGAUUGACGAGAUUACUAUGCUGGAAGGGUGCAUUGAUGGGCUGUAUGAGAAGAGGUCAUCGACUCGGGAAAAUUCUUUGCGGGGUUUGAUUGGGGCCUUCACGGCACGGGUGAUGGUUGAAUUUGUCGAAAACAGACAAGAAACUCUCCUUCAGGUGUUUCUGAGCAGUGUUCGUAGGGGAGGAGCUUCAGAGAUGUCUCUUGCAGCUCGUGCAUUAGGGCUUUUGGCUGUUACGGAAGGUGCUGGCGAAUCAUCUGAGCAUGUCCUGGCUGAGGUAGCUCCUCAUCUGCUCAAGGUGGUGAAACAGUCGUCUUCGCCCAAUGCCAGAAUUUCUGCGCUGGAUGCCCUCGGGAUCAUCUGCUUUGUGGGUGGGCAAGAAGAGUCCACAGUGGAAAUCAUGGAUCUUUUCUGGCAGGUCGGGACGUGCAAGGGCGGUGCCUCCCAUCAUCAGAAACUGGGGAUUGGAGCGCCCCCCCCGCCUCUUCAGGCGUCGGCACUGUUGGCCUGGUCUCUGUUGCUAUCAACAUUGGUGCCUAGGAAAAUUGCUUCUGAUUAUUUAGAGAGUGCUCUUCCUGUACUGUCUUCCCUCCUGAAUAAUGAACAUCUCGCGAUUCGCACGGCUGCAGGCGAAGGUAUUGCGCUUUUAUAUGAGACAACCAGCUCGCUGAAUCGUGAUGACAGCAGUGACAGCGAUGGAUCGUGGGCAGAUGGCCCGGUUGUCGACCUGGGUAGCGUCAAUGGUGUCACUGAGGUGAAACAGGGAAGCAGAGAGAAACAGUUUGGGAGGAAGCAGGUGGCAGUUGUGGAACAGAUGAGGGCUUUGUCGGUGCAAGGCAGCAAGCAUCACUCAAAGAGAGAGCGUGCGGCUCAACGAACCAGCUUCCGCGAACUGCUUGCAACUGUUGAGGAUGGGGUUUGUGCAGAGACAAAGCUGAAACUUCGGCAUGGCGAUGUAUUGACGAUCAACACCUGGACGCAAACAAUACAGUUGAAUGCAUUAAGACGAUUCUUGGCCGAAGGUUUCCAGCGCCAUUUACAGGAUAAUGAGCUUCUACACCAAAUGUUUGAUUACUCCCCACGGACAGAGCUGCCGACGCGUAGGUCAACUGUAGAGAAGAGACUGUAUAUGUCGCCAAAUUCAAUGGUGAGCAAAGCUCGUACGCAACACAGGAAUCGACUCCGAGUUACUUCACAGGAGGGCAACGAGGGCUACUUUCGAUAUGCAGCUGAAGAUGUUGAUUGAAACGUCAGAGGCGAUUGCUUGCUGCUCAGAAAUUGCCGGUGCUUGUGACAUUCCACAACGCUCGAUGAUAGCAGGCGGGCUCAGACGCUUGAUUUAAUAAAACAGGAGAAGCUGAUAUUGUAGGUGGGCCUGCGCAUGAUUGGUCCUCAGGACGUUUGGUUGGGCAUUGUUUUGCUGUGUUGUGUCUCUUUUGAGUUUUUUGUACUGUAAUAACCGGUUGCUUUUUUUUUCAGCCCGUCUAUACAUGGAUGUCUAGUUGUGUGACUGUCAUGUCAAUGCGCAGUCGAGACUCAAUUUGGGCUAUUUCGGAGUGUCUGAUUGGUAAUUUUCCUUUUCUUUUCCCCGGUUUGUUAAUUAGAGUUUGAUCACACUCUGGUAGUGUAGGAGGUCAGCAUAUUAGAUCAGGUUUAAUCGAAUGUGGAAACGGUGUCUGUUUUUUUUUUGUGUGUGUGUGUGGAAACGGUCUCUGUUCCCUGGUACCAGAUGGGAAUGGGUUACCUCGUGUGAUAGUUCGUAGACUCGUAGUACUUCAUACAUGCACUGGGCACCCCCUUUAGGAGAAGGGUGUGCUUGCCACUUAGGGAAAACUGCUUGUCGAUUUGAAUUGGGAUUGAUAUUGUGUUCUUUACGCCAGGUCAGCUUUGUGCUAAUUGGGCUUUUUGUGAUUGAACUACUGUGUGAUGUUGGCUCAUGAUUCUGAAGGUGGCUGUGCCUUUCCCCCUAAUUGACGUAAUGGCGACUUUCGUGGUAAUCUUAUAUUGUGCUGUGCACUUCCGCUCU